AUGGGUGUACAAUUGAUCACUAAAAUUUCUUUUGUGCCUACUGAAAGUGCUGAUAAAAACAGUUAUUCUGAAGCACCUCCGCCAUGUAUUGAUGCAACUGAGGCAGAUCAGAUGCAUUCUAAUUCAAACAGGUUAGGGAAGUCCAAAAUGUUUAAUCCAAAUCGGGUGGGAGCAGCUUGGGUUGAAAAGAGAAAGAUUGAAAUGGAGAAGGAAAACAGGGGAGAGAAUUUAAGGAAAGAGUGUGAUGCCAACUGA